AUGUCUGCGCCGACCGUCCUCAACGCCAUUUCACGAUGGGCCAUCCCCGUGUUCAUCGGUGCCUCGUUAGCACAAAGUGCCAUGUACGAUGUGAGAGGAGGCACGAGAGCCGUCAUCUUCGACCGUCUUUCUGGUGUCCAGGAAAAAGUCAUCAAUGAAGGCACCCAUUUCCUCGUGCCGUGGCUGCAGAAAGCAAUCAUCUACGAUGUGCGGACGAAGCCUAGAAACAUCAGCACCACCACCGGGAGCAAGGACUUGCAGAUGGUGUCACUGACACUGAGAGUGCUCCAUCGCCCCGAUGUCCAGAACUUGCCCAAGAUUUACCAGUCUCUUGGUCAAGAUUAUGACGAGAGAGUCCUCCCGUCGAUUGGUAACGAAGUCCUCAAAGCCAUUGUGGCGCAAUUCGACGCGGCAGAACUCAUCACCCAGCGAGAAGCCGUCUCACAACGCAUCCGAGCCGACCUGACCCGUCGGGCGCAGGAAUUUAACAUCGCCCUCGAAGACGUCUCCAUAACACACAUGACCUUCGGCCGCGAGUUCACCCGGGCCGUCGAACAGAAACAGAUUGCGCAACAGGACGCCGAGAGAGCGAGGUUCAUCGUCGAGAAGGCGGAGCAGGAGAGACAGGCGAACGUCAUCCGCGCCGAGGGUGAAGCUGAAUCGGCAGACAUCAUCAGCAAAGCGGUGGCUAAGGCGGGAGACGGGUUGAUCCAAAUCAGAAGGAUCGAGGCGAGCAAAGACAUCGCUCAGACCUUGGCUGCGAAUCCCAACGUGACCUACCUGCCGGGCGGUGGUGAAGGUGAAAAUGGGAAGGGAAAGAGCACGGGCUUGUUGCUGGGCUUGCGGGCGUGA